AAAUCCGGUUUCUUCGUGUUUCCAUUUAGAAGGCAGAGAGUGUGUGAACUGUGGAGCAACUGCCACCCCUCUCUGGAGAAGAGACGGCACUGGGCAUUACCUGUGUAACGCCUGCGGGCUCUACCACAAAAUGAAUGGUCAAAACCGACCUCUCAUUAAACCUAAACGAAGGCUGUCAGCGGCUAGGAGAGCAGGGACUUGUUGUGCCAACUGUCAGACAACCACCACGACCUUAUGGCGACGUAAUGCAAACGGGGACCCAGUUUGUAAUGCCUGCGGACUCUACUAUAAAUUGCACAAUGUGAACAGGCCUCUGACCAUGAAAAAGGAAGGAAUUCAGACCAGGAAUAGGAAAAUGUCCAACAAAUCAAAGAAAAGCAAGAAAGGCUCUGAGUGUUUUGAGGAACUGUCCAAGUGCAUGCAGGAGAAAUCAUCUCCCUUCAGCGCUGCUGCCCUUGCUAGUCACAUGGCGCCCAUGGGGCAUUUGCCACCUUUCAGCCACUCUGGACACAUCCUACCAACACCUACCCCCAUCCACCCAUCUUCCAGCAUCUCAUUUGGACAUCCGCACCCAUCCAGCAUGGUUACAGCCAUGGGAUAAAACCUGAUGACCAAGAGACCCACCCAGAGAUUAAGAACAUGGGGCUUUGCCUAAGACGACAACAAGUAAGAAAAUGUCCUGCCAAGAGGAGAAUGUAUGGAAUGGCAAAAGGGGAUCUUUGUUCCCGUGUGGUUUAACUCUUAAUGCUGGACUAAAACCUUGCAAAUGAUGGGUCUUCUGCAGAAACAUGUAGUGGUGCCUGUAAUGCACUUUGCCCCCUCAGGUAUAAGGAAAAAGAACUCACCUGUUUGAUACUUAAUCGUCCAGCAGGAAGCAAAAGGUGGCAGAAGCUGAAGGAAAAGGCUUGGAACUGGCUUUCCUUUCUCUCUUUGUUAUUACUGUGAAUAUUGUAAAGAGAUAUAAGCAGCCUCCCAGGAUGGAAUCAGCUCACUGGAAGCCAGACAUGCUGGAUUUCUAUCGCGGACUUUGUUUGGGAUGGGGAAAAAAGGAAAAAAUAAAAAAAAAGAAAAGGACAUCUUUAUAAAAACGUAAUUUUUAAAAUGAAAUCAGAUACAAAGUCAUAUUUAUUUUGCUCUUGUUUUCCA